AUGGAUACUCUAGUGAAGAAAAUGCAGAUUGAAAAACCGAAAAUGGAACCUUUCGAAGAAUACUUAAUGGAUUUCGAUGACGAAUAUUUUACUGAUCUAUCGGAUUAUUACUCGGAUUAUUAUGAAUUCGAAGACAGAGUUUCGGAAGAUGAAGAUGAAGACGAAGAUGAAUAUGAAGAUGAAGAAGAUGAUGAAAUGGUGAAAGAAAAGGCAGAAGAAGCGGAAGAAAUAGAUAUAUACGCUGCCUUGAUAUCACGAUUCCACGAGCACAGAGCAGAGAGGAUAUCGGCCAAAACCGACGCACACAAGUCGUUAUUACGAGGAUUGAUUGGUAUUGAAAAGAAGGAAGAUCUCUCGAGAGAGACCUUGAUCACACCUGAAGACGAAUCCAUUUCCUCCGCGAAAUCAUCGACGGAAAGUUCUAUCCAUCCUUGCCUCAAAGACAUAGACAUCAGCGAUUCUCAAUUGAAAUUACAUAAUCUGUACACCAGGUAUCCGAUCCCUGACGAUCCCGGCUUGGUACCAGCCUUUUGGACCAUUCAGGAACGCCAAACCAUUUACCCAGACGAUGGUGUGAUGAAAUAUGAGGAUCUGACGAAAUUGUCAUGCCUUCAACCUAUACAAUCAUUAAAAGACAUGUUGCUUUCCGAUACGAUCAAUCUUCAGUACUAUGGUGUUAAUUCAGCCAUUAUAAGACCUCUUUGCGAAGCUCUAAUGAACAAUCCUUCAGUAGAAACUAUUAAUCUCACGGGUAACUGGCUAUCGGAGGACGCCUGCUAUCACCUGAAUGAUUUGCUAACGAAGAAUAACAUAAUAACUACUCUAUUUCUGUCAGGGUGUCUAAUCGGUCCGAACGGCGCUGCAAAGAUUUACGAUGGAAUCAUGAGGAACGUAACAUUAACCACAUUGGAUCUUUCCGACUGUAACAUUCGUAAUGAAGGUCUCAGUCAUAUUACAACAGCAAUAUGUAAUAACGAGAGUAUCCAAAAUCUCUCUUUAAGCGGCAAUCAUCUGGACGAGACGUGUUCAGACACAUUGCAAAGAUUGCUCUCUUGUUCAGACACCCUGAAACAUUUAGAUCUCUCGUGGAAUUCUUUGUAUACGGCAGAGACUUGGAAGAAGUUGUAUAAAGGACUGGAGAACAAUACAACUCUAGUUGAUCUUGACUUAUCCUGGAAUGCAUUGGGCAAAGAAUGUGUCCCUUUCCUUCGUCGAUUGCUGUUGCAUUCGAUUGCACUUCAAAAAUUAGAUUUAAGUGGAAAUCGAUUCUACGACGAAGACGCAGUUCUCAUAGCAAAAGGUUUGUCAAAGAAUAAUGUGUUGAAAGAGCUACAUUUCGGUGACAAUCCCGUGAAAGGGGAUGGUGCGUUUGAGCUUGUCAAAGCAGUCACGCCAAACAAAGCUCCCGAUAGUCAGCUACAAAUUUUGGACCUUACAAACAUUUGGGCGAACAAAAAUAUACUUCCAGAACUUGAUUCAAUUAAGAAUGACAGACCAUGGCUUGAAAUUAAACUGGGGGGAAUACUUAGCAAUUAUACAGUAGAAGGGCCGGAUGUAAAAGCGAUACUUUUGAAGAGAGCAAACUAUGAAGCAAUGAAACCUAAAAAUAAAAAACGUCGUAAAAACUUUGGCCAUUUCGUACUCUCGCUAUCCGAUGAUCUUAUUUCUAGAGGAAAAUUCGUGGGAUUGGUGAAAAAUUUUCGAUUGAAAUUAUCGCAGUCUCUUAUAAAUGAAAUAACAUUUGCAUUCGCUGGUCCAAGACAUACUGUCGAUCAAAACCUACUGAAAUCAAUUUAUAUGAAACAAUAUCCGGAUACUAAACUUCCACCGGAAAAACCCGUCAAAAAGAAGAAAAAAACUAAGGCGAAAGGGAAAAAGAAAACAAAAUAG